AGACUUGACAACACAAAAUCCGAAUGGCGACGCGCAAGUGGUUCCACCCGCAUCUGACGGGCCUCGAGGCCGAAAAGACACUCAAGGAGAAGGGUUUUGACGGAUCCUUCCUCGUGCGCCCAUCCAAGUCCAACCCGGGAGACUUUACGCUGUCUGUGCGCCGUGGCACCGAAAUCACCCACGUCAAGAUCCAGAACAGCGGCGACUUUUACGAUCUGUACGGCGGCGAAAAGUUUGCCACCCUCUCCGAACUGGUCGAGUACUACAUGGAAAACCAGGGCCAACUGCGCGAGAAGAACGGCUCCAUCAUCAACCUGAGAUACCCGCUUCUCUCCGAGGAUCCCACCAACGAGCGAUGGUUCCAUGGCAACAUUAGCGGCAAGGAUGCCGAGACGCUUCUUCAGAGCGGUGCCGACGGUUCCUUCCUCGUGCGCACCAGCCAAAGCAAGCCCGGCGAUUACUGCUUUUCCGUCCGUGUCACGGACAAGGUCACGCACGUCAUGAUUCACAACCGCAAGGGUCGCUAUGAUGUCGGCGGCGGCGAGUCGUUCUCGGACUUGACCAAGCUCGUUAACUAUUACCGCGAAAACCCGAUGGUGGAAACGACCGGCUCUAUUGUCACGCUCAAGAACCCGCUGAACGCCACCAAGAUCAACGUGUCGUCCAUCAAGGGCCGUGUCACCGAGCUGGAGAAGGAGACGGAUGAAAUUUAUGGCAAGGCUGGUUUCUGGGAGGAGUUUGAGCAGCUGCAGCAACUCGAGUCCAAGAACUUGUACAGCCGUGUCGAAGGUCAACGCCCCGAGAACAAGUCCAAGAACCGAUACAAGAAUAUUCUUCCAUUCGAUCACACUCGUGUCGUUUUGCAAGACGUCGAUCACAGCGAAGUUGGCGCGGAUUACAUCAACGCAAACUACAUCUCGGGCGAAUACCCCGAUCUCGAGCGCGCAUACAUUGCCACCCAAGGCCCGCUGCCAAACACGAUCGAUGCGUUCUGGCUCAUGAUUUACGAACAACACUGCCAGGUCGUCGUCAACACCACCAACGAGACAGAGCGUGGCCGCACCAAGUGCGAGCACUACUGGCCCGACAACGCCGAUCCAAAGCAGUACGGCCACAUUAUCGUCUCAUUCAAGGGCGAGGAGGUCUUCCCCAUCUACGUCAAGCGUGAGUUUGAGAUUGCACACUUUAUGCACGGCGCGCCCUUCCGCGUGCAGCAGUUCCACUACACGUCGUGGCCAGAUCACGGUGUCCCCAAGGACCCCGGCGCCGUCCUCAACUACCUGCGCGACGUCCGCCAGGCUCAGGCCUCCUUCCCGCGUGCCGGCCCCAUCAUUGUCCACUGCAGCGCUGGUAUCGGUCGCACGGGCACGUUCAUGAUGGUUGAUAUUCUCAUGAACAACAUCCAAGCCAAGGGCAUUGACUGCGAGGUUGACAUUCAACGCGCCAUUCAGCAAAUUCGUGGCCAGCGCUCUGGUCUUGUCCAAACCGAGGCCCAGUACAAGUUCGUCUACCUCGCAAUCGCUCACCACAUUGAUACCCUCCGCGCUCGCAUUCUCGCCGAGCAGCAAGUCAAGGCUGUCGGCGCUCCCUCUGGCCAGGAGGCCUUGUAUGGCAACAUCCACGGCAGCCACUACGAAAACCUUGGCGCUCGCAAGCAGCCCACAGGCGCUGGUGCGCAAGCAACCAAUGCGAUGCUGCCUGUUGGCGGCUGGGGCGCGCUUGCCUCGAAAUCCGGUGGCCCAGCUGCUCCGACGGCCGCAGCCGACAACGGAGAAUACGCAAAUGCCGAAAUGCUUAUGCGACAGAACCAAUGGAAACCGAAUGCUCCCGCCGAACCCAACUAUGAGAACAUUCCCGGCCGCAAGCGUUAACUCUUUGUCUGUGUGCUUGUGUGUGUUUUUUUCUGUGUGUUUGCGUUCGCUUUGUUGGUGCAUGGUGAUUUUCGUGUGUCUGGUUGGUUUUACACGAUAUAUGAACAAGUCUUGCUUCGUUUUACAACAAGAGUCGAACCCAGUAGAUGACAGUCAGGGUUGGAGCGA